UUAGAUGGCGCGUCCUUUCGGUGUCGAUUAAAAUGGCCGAAAAUUGAUUUUUUGCCGUGUCUCCCGAUCCGCAAUUCUUCCUAUUUCUCGCUCGCGAGGACAGGUGUUUUGCCGACGACAAGGUGGGCGAGGUUGCAACCGGCGAUAUUCGACAAAUGUUCAAUCGGGUGAUCGCACCGAAUGCCUGAUAGCUCGUCGCGAUCUCGUUCGAAUUUAGACGUUCUUCCGCACUCCGAAUCUCGCUCGAUGCUCACUUUGUUUCUUCGCGAAUUUUCCAAGCGCCUAAAUGAGUACCCGGGGCCAGUACAGCUGCGUUUUGUGCGAGAUGAAGUUGAACUCCAAGGAGGCGUUGAAGGAGCACUUUAGAAAACAUGCAAAUAAAAAGAUAGACAUGCGUGGACGACCAGUGAAUUAUAUAAAAACUCCAAACACUCAGUGCGACAUAUGUAAUCAGUCGUUUGAUACAGUACGGCAAACGAUAAGACACAGAUUUAAGGUGCACUCCAAUUCAUCAACCAAAUUUCAUUGUUCAUAUUGUGGAAUGCAGUUUCCUUUAAAGAAUCAUAGGGAUAAUCAUGAAAUGUCACACGACGCUACCGAAAGCGAGAAUAAGGAUCGACAUAGAAAAUGUGAGGAGUGCAACUUGAUAUUUUACAAUGAGAAAGCACUAGAUUACCAUUGUCGUUCUAUUCAUAAGAGACAUGCAUACAUGUUUAAACCAAUAGUCACUGCUCCACCUAGCAAUAAGAUCAAAUUGAACUCUAUGAACGACGCGAUGAGUGUAUACUACUGUCAUUUGUGUGGUGUCGAGUAUGUUAUAAAAUUCAAUUUGCAACGGCACUUGGAGAAUGUGCACACGCAAAAAGAAAGGGAGACUGUGCCAGAUGAUUUUAUCAAAUGUACAGUAUGCUCAGCGAUGUUUUGCAGCAAGAAGGCCUACAACGUUCACAACACUUAUCAUCAGCCAGAUGAUUUAUAUGUAACUUCCGAGCAGCAAAGAAUGCAGACGGUGACUAAGAUUGAUCAGGACUUUGACAUUAGGAGAGUGGAGCAUACGACUGAUAGAUACAUACCGAAAUCUAGUAAUCUAUAUAAGAGGACCACGAUUAUUAACCAUAAGACCCAGCCGAGCAAAGUGCCGAAGACAGAAAUUAAGAUAGAGAUAAAGAGAGAGAGGUCUGUAUCCUUGGAAGAUGAUCCCCUCAGCAUCAACGAGUCCAGCGAUUCCGAGAGUGACAUCCCGUUGGACCAAAGAAUCACCAGCUAAUGGAAGUUUUCUUUGGAUUUAUGAAAAGAUUAUUCCUAUCCCUAAACUUUAUUGUACGAGAGAGAUUUAUGAACCACUAUGCUAUAAUCGUAAUGAUUAUCAAAUUUGGAUUUGGAGCUUUCUCUUUACAAUUGUUAUCAUAUGUAAGUUAGGAAAAUGUGAAAUUGUAGGAGGGCAAUUAUAUAUUUAUUUUUAACAUGAAUUGCAUUCAAAAAGGAUAUUAAUUGUAAUUAACAAAUGUUGAAGUACACAGAAUGAAAUCAUGAUAAAAAGAAGUAAAGAGCAAUUUGAUAAUUAA